GCAGAAAUCGAGAAGGCACUGAAACCAUUGGAAGACAAACUUUGGAAAUUUCAAAAUAUGGAGAGCACCUGCCAAAGUAUGGCAGAGCACAUCAAAAGACAGGCCGAAAAAGCAGAGCCUUUGAUCAAGAAGGGGUUUGAGAAACUCCGGUCGUUUCUGGAAGAAGAAGAAAAGAAACUUUUAAAUAACCUGAAGAAGGAGGAGGAAAAGAAAACCAAGCUGGUGGAGGAGAAGAAGGACAGCAUGGGCAAGAAAAUCAAAUCUCUCUCGAGCAAAAUCAAGACCAUCAAGAAAGAGAUGGAAGAGAUGGAGCCAAUCACCUUCCUCAGAGAAUUUGAAGAUGUCCUGAAAAGAGCUCUGGGCGACACUGAGGAGGAGGCUGAAGACCUUUCUGGAUGCCUGAUUGACAUGCCAAAGCACGUGGGCAACCUAACCUUUGAGAUCUGGCGUAGCAUGAGGAACAUCUGCCCGUAUAGUCCAGUGCUGUUGAACCCCAACACUUCCUGUAGCUUAACGGUACUGUCUGAUGACCUGACGACUGUGGAGAACACUUACGGGAGACUGAAUCUUCCAAGCAACCCUGAGCGGAUCAGCUGCGUCCUGGGCUCUGAGCCCGUCAUAGACUACCACUACGUCUGGGAGGUGCAGGUCAAUGCGCACAAAUACUGGGACAUCGGCGUCAUCAAGGCGAAGAAAGUGGAAGGAGCCAACCUCUGGAGCAGGGUGACGUGUCUUCGCUCUCGCAGCGAGCAGUUUUCCUCCACGGCGCGUCACUCCAUAGAGGUUGCGGGAACGUCCACUCCCCUGACGCUGGACGAGCCCCCAGAGACCGUCCGAGUGGAACUGGACCAGGAGGAGGGAACGCUGUCUUUUUACGACGGCAAGAGCAAGCUGCUGCAUGCUCUAGAACAUGAUUUCACUGAGGACGUAUUACCCUUUUUUGAUUCCUACCACCAGAAGGAGCCGGUGAAGUUCCUUCCCAUCGACCCGUGGAUUUCACUGGACCCGUGUGCAUACAUGUUAAUGGUCUAGGGUGCGCUGAACUACAGGCGUUGGACAAAAUAACUGAGGCAUUUUAGUGUGGGAUGUUUCAUGGGAAGUUUCAAGAUUCAAGUGGACCAGAGAGUUAAUCCUGUUGGAUGUGGUUCGUCCUUCUUGGUGGUAUGCAAACAUUACCUUGGAUACUGUUGCUCUUGAUUAGGGAUGCAAACGAUUAAUUGAUUAAUCGACUUUAAUCGAGCAAUGUGUUAAUUGAUUAAAAACCAUUAAUUGCCAAUUCAACUGACAAAGAGACCCAGGUUAAAUGGGCAUGUGAAGAGUGUGUGUGAGGAGGGGUGUGAAUAGUGGGAAUAUUUAAAUCACCUUUGGAUUAAAGAAUUGAGAUAGAAUUCAUUUAAAUGUAGUAUUUUAUCUCACUUUUUAAUUAAAAUUUUUAGAUUUUGUAGUUUUCUUUUUUAAGAAACAUUGAGAUUUCGGGGGAAAACGCCGCUUAUCAAUUAACCGUAAGUCGAUCGAUAAGGCAAUCAACUAAUGAUUAAUGAAUUAAUCGAUAAUUUGCAUCCCUACUCUUGAUACAUCACAAAGACUCGCUGUCUCAGUCAAAGAUGCAACAGUUACACUCUCACCAAGAAUUUCUCCUUUUUGAACUCUGAUAGGUCAAUCAUAAUGUUGUGUGCAUUGCAAAAUUUUGAGGAAAAACUGUGCUCUUAUCCUGCUAAUUGAACCCUCACACUUCACUUUACUGGUGCAAUGUGCAAUUAAUGAAGAUUGGCCAACAGGCUGGUCCACCUGAGCCAUGAAACUUCCCACACUAAAAUGACAAGUGUCUCAGAUAUUUUGUCAAACCCCUGUAUGUCUACAGGAAUUUAGACUACAACGAGAUGAGUAGCCUACACCUUUUGUUGUUAUGACUAUUCGUUUGUCUUUGGCCUGGAAGCAGCUUUAUACGGGUGCCACACGUGCCACAUUUUUCAGGAAGGUGAUUAUGAUGUGUUAUGAAAGUUCCAACAUGUAUGAAACGUUAGACGCAAAACUGAAGAAAAUCCAAGGCACUCUCCUUUUGAAAAAGUUAAACCGCCUUUAUUGUGAUGGCUUUGUCAUGUUAGGCAUUUAACAGACUCCCUGAAGAAGACAUGUCUGCCGAAACGCG